AUGGCGAUGAACCCGGCCAGCGUGUCACAGCUGCUUGAGGACAUGGAGAAUUGGGACAAGGACAAGCGGUUCAUGGCUGCCUCAGAUUUGACGCAGGAGGUGACAAUGUCCAACCAGGUGCUAGAUGUGCACCUCCAGAAAAGAGUAUGUCAAGCUUUUGUGAAGCAGCUGGAGGACCAGAGCAUCGACGUGCAGGGGAAUGCCGUGAAGUGCCUGGCCAAAAUAGUGUGCAAGUUUCAAGAGCAGCAGAUCGGAGAGGUGCUGGCCAAACUCAGCCAGCAAGUUCUGGAUGGCAAAGCCGAGGUUCGGGACAUCUAUGCAACAUGCUUGAAGGGCCUGUUGUCGGAGCUGCCGGCCUCUUGUAGCGCUCUCGCCUGCCAAAAUGUCUUGCCAAAGAUGUUGCAUGGCAUCACGUCGAUUCCUUCGCUAGAGGUCAAGGAAGAAUGUACAGACGUCUUCCACGACUUCUUGAAGAGAUUCGGUGACAAUCGUAUAAUGCAGUGGUCCGACCAGGAUAACAUGGCUACUUCGCUGCUGAACUUGCUAAAGCCCAAGCAGCACAAGACCUCCUUGCGAAAAAAGGUCAUAGCCUGCAUCGGAGCUCUCUCCGCAGUGCUAGCAGAUCGGCAGCUAGAUACCUUGAUGAGGACAUUGCUUGCCGAUGUCCGACAAGCGGGCACAAAAGCAGAAAAGCAGAAGUACAUCCAGUGCAUCAGCACCGUGAGUAGGAAUGUCGGUUUCCGAAUCGGCCAGCACUUGAAAGAAAUUGCCCCACUGUUCUUCCAGAUAGUGAACCAGGCGACUCAAGAAGAUGUCUCCAUGGAUGGCGAUAAUGAGAAAGACCAUGAGGUUGUAGAGAAUUGCUUGAACGCCUUUGAGUGCUUCGUGCUGCGCUGCUCCAAGGAGAUGAUGCCCCACCUGGACGAGCUCUGCGGGGUGAUUCUCAGCUUGGUAGCAUACGAUCCCAACUUCUACGAUGCCGGUGAUGCCCAGGAUGCCACCAUGGACGACGGCUUCGAGGAAUUCGAUGAAGAUGGGCUGGUGGACUCCGACGACGACGACAACUCCUGGAAGGUUCGGAGAGCAGCGCUGAAGGUCUUGGAGGCCAUGGUAAAGGGCCUCCCGGACAGGUUAGAUGAAAUUUACUCCAAGUUUGCUCAGCCGCUGAUAGCACGCUUCAAUGAGCGUGAGGAGAGCGUCAAGUUGGACGUGUUCACCACGUUUGGUGAGAUGGCACAGGCAGCCGUGAUAAAGACGCAGCCUUUCUUUGCUGCCUCGAGCGUGGCUUCGACCCCUUCAGCUUCAUCCACCUUCAUACUGGAGGUGGAGCGAGCCUUACCUCCCAAGGAGCGGCCGACCUCGCAGCACCUCAUCGCCGUGGUUCCGGCAUGCAUCUCGCAGCUGAACAAGCAGAUGCGCUCCAAGGCAGCAAAAACACGACAGGGUGCGUUGAUCCUGCUGCGAACACUGUCCGAGUGCAUUCCGCAGCACGUCGAGCCCAACUUGCCACAGGUCAAGGACGAGCUCGUACGAGCCAUGAAGGAGUCAAACUCAUCCAUGCGGCUGGACAGUCUGGUCUUGACUAGGCACUUGGCCGAGUACUUCUUGACGGCCGCGACUUUUCAGCAGCUUGCUCCGGAGCUCUGCCCUUUGUUUUUGACCUGCUGCUCGGACACGUACUACAAGUCGAUUGCGCAGGCUCUGAGGGCCAUCGGGGCGUACGUCUACACCCUGAGGCCGUCUCCAGAGGCAGUCAGCUCUGAGUUGAAGGUUAUGCUGCCCGUUUUCGACGUACUCAAGAGCAAGCUCCUGGCGACGGACAUUGACCAAGAGGUCAAGGAAAGUGCGCUGGAGUGCUUGGGCCAUUUGGUGGCUUGCACUGGGGACUUGCCGGACUUCCAGGCUCCGAUUCAAGACUGCCUGCCGUCCUUUGUGGAGCGCAUCAAGAACGAGGUCACCCGCACAACCGCCAUCAAGGCCUUGAGGACGAUGUGCAUUUCCAAAGUACAGAUCGCUGCGGUCGGCUCCAUUCUCCCGGCCGUUGGUGGCACCUUGUCACAAUACCUGAGCCAGAAUAGCCGUUCCUUCAGGCAGCAGUGCUUGGAUGCACUUGUGCACCUCAUCAAGAAGUAUGGCGGCGGCAUGCCGAAUGAGACCAUGAUGCAGAUUCUUGGUGACAUGGUUCCGUUCAUUACCGACACCGACCUCUACAUAACGGAUCUCUGCGUUCAGAUCGCCGUGCAGGUCCUUGCCACUUCACCGCGAAUGGCACCCCAGGUGAUCGAGCGCUGUGUGCCGGCGGUGCUGACCGUGUGUCGGUCGCCGCUCCUGCAGGGCAGCGCCUUGGAUUCGAUCCUGAACUUCUUGUCUCGAGUUGCGCAGCAUCGCGACCACUGCCCUUUCGAGAAGCUGCGCCAGGAGCUCAGCAACACUUCGGUCAUCGCUACGGCGCAGGCGCAGGCACAGCGGCACGUCAUCGGCACCCUCGCGAAGGGUUUGGCUGCAGUAACGGCCUCUUCGGCUCCCGACGUGCAGAAGGCUGCGGUGCAGCACUUCUUGGAGAGUGUGAAGAAGACCUCCGGGAACCCGGCACCUGAGGUAAUGCAUCAGUGUGAGCUGUCGCUGCUGGCUCUGGGUGAAACUGGCAAGUACGCUGACCUUUCCGGGGUUCCCGGCUUUUGCGAUGUGCUGCUGCAUCAGCUGGAAAGCCAGCAGGACGAGAUUCGGCUUGCAGCUGCACUGGCGUUGGGUUAUGCAACCGUGGGUGCCAUGGGCACGCUGCUGAAAGUCGUGAUUGACAACGUGCAGCAGGCCGGCGCCGAAGCCCAAAAGAAACAGUACUUGCUGUUGACGUCGCUUCGGGAAGUCAUUGCGAUUGGCGUUGCUGAGAGGCAUGGAUCCCGUGCUCUUGCAGAGCAUUUGAAGCCACAUGUUCCACGGGUUCUGCCCAUUCUGCAGCAGUAUGCUGACUCCCAGGAGGAGAGCAUGCGGAAUGUCGUGUCUGAGUCGCUGGGACACCUGCUCACUGUUGACCAGGAUGCCGUGAUGCAAGCUUUGACAACAUUGCUGUCUAAUCGAGACAGGGAGAGUUGGAGGAUGAGAGCCGCCGCGGUGGCUGCCGUGCGUUUCGCUGCGGCAAAGCAGUGUCAGGCCUCUGCGGUCUUGCCGCUCAAGGAAGCCUUGCUGACCUGCCUGGGUGAUGAGGAGUUGCAGGUGAGGAAAGCGGCGCUGCAUUCGGUGAACGUUGUUUGUGUCUCCCCGACUUGCUCCGAGAUCCUGAGGGACAGCACAGACCUCAUCCUCGAACGAAUCAAAGAGGAUUCCAAACAGAAGCCGGAGCUCAUCAGAGAGGUGGACCUGGGGCCGUUCAAGCAUAAGGUAGACGAUGGGCUGCCUUUGCGGAAGUUUGCGUAUACCGUGUGCUGUUCACUGCUUGCAGCCUAUCCAGAGCAGGUAGCUUCGCCAACGCUUAUUGACCUAGUACUACAAGGGAUGGGCGACAACGAAGACAUCCAGGUCAUAUGCUGCCAGCUGCUGCAGGACCUCUGCUCCUGGAACUUCGCCCUCUUUCGCAUCAUCGGCCGCGUUGGUGAUUUGGUCGAACCGUUCGACCGCUGCAUCAUGCGGUGGAUCAAGCAAGUUCAGGCGAAGCAGCAAGUCGGCCGUGCCAUGGACAUGCUGCGGCUCUACGCGAGAACGCUGAAGGUGGUUGAGCCCAUCGCUGAGGCCAACCAGCACAAGGUCUUUGUGGACUUCAUGGGCCGAAUCAUGAAGGACCAGGCCUUCGCGCAAGUUUACGAGCAAGCCAGCGCCGGCAAAGAGUUGUGA